AUGAUCCAAUAAGAUUUAAAUCAAGAAGAGAUUCUCAAAAUAAUAGAAAUUAAGUUAAAAACAUCUGUCAAAGGCAAUUUUAUAGAUAAAAUAAUCUCUGUAAAACAGAAAUUAGCUUCUAUUUAUUUUGGAAUGGAAUUUACAAAAAGCAAAAUUUUUGAAUUUUUAAUAGUGUUUAAUAAUUCAUGAUUCCACAGAUCUUCAAAAGAAAUUAUUAGGAUUGAAUACGAAUUAAAUUAAUCCUAAAUUAGUGUUUAAAUCAAGUUACUAAAUAGACAUUAAAAGUAAUGAAAAAACUAGAGAGAUAUUUUUAGAAAGUAAUAUCAUUUUAUAUUUAGAAUUUCGAGUUUUCUUUAUUGAUUGUUAAGAGAAAUAAAUUAAAUAUUUGAUAUCAAAGAUUUAGAAAAGUAGUACUCAAAUAAUAAUCUCUGCCAUUACACCAUAAGAGUUUUACCUCUAUAUUAUGAUUCUUAAACAAAUUUUGAAUUAACACCUGUUGUCAAAUAUGACUAUGAUAAUAUUUUUUCAUAAGUCAAGUUAUUCAACUGGUAAGUAGAUGAGGAAACUAUAGCUGUAUUUGGACAGGAAGAGAAUUUUAAUUCUGAAAUUCAUCUUAUUAAACUUCAUUUAAUGGAGCAGCCAUUUAAUAUUUUGUUCACACUGUAUUUCAAUAUUCAUUCUCAAAAAUUAAUGUAACAAAUUAGGUUAAUCCUCACUAAGUUGA